UUGGCUAACUAAAGAAAAUGAAACAUGAAAUAUCUAGGACAAUUAUCCUGCUAAACGAAGAGUGUGCCACGCUCUUCACCUUAUCCAACCCAACCCGCUAAACCCUCUCAUCCAUGGCGUCAAACCCCACUCACAAACCCACGAAUUAACCAUCUUAAUGUUCCUAACCCACCUUCUCCAAACACCACUCCCCACAACAGUUACCAAUGGAGCUUUCUUCCUCCCUUUUCCUCUCCCCAAAACCAUGUAACUACUCUUUCUCAUCCUCCCUCUCACCGUUCCCAAUUCAACUCCUCAUCAGAAACUCCAAAUCCCUAAACCCCCCUUUCCGGAUCCUCGCAGUAGCCGUGGAACCGCAACAACACUUGCCCAAGAACAGUCCACAGCGUCUCCUCAAGGAACUCGCGGAACGCAAGAAAGCAACUUCCCCCAAGAAGGGACCUCCAAGAAGGUUCAUUCUGAGGCCCCCAAUAGACGACGAAAAAUUAGCGGAAAGGUUCCUCAACAGCCCCCAACUCUCGCUCAAGUCCUUCCCUUUGUUGAGCUCGUGCUUGCCCUCGACGCGUCUCAACAAUGCCGACAGGUUGUGGAUCGACGAGUACUUGCUCGAGGCGAAGCAGGCUCUGGGGUACUCGCUCGAGCCCUCGGAGGCGCUCGGCGACGACAACCCCGCGAAGCAGUUCGACACGCUGCUCUACUUGGCGUUUCAGCACCCCUCGUGCGAGAGGACGAAGGCGCGGCACGUGCGGUCGGGGCAUUCGAGGUUGUGUUUUUUGGGACAGUACGUGCUGGAGUUGGCGCUGGCGGAGUUCUUCUUGCAGAGGUAUCCGAGGGAGUCGCCGGGUCCCAUGAGGGAGAGGGUGUUUGCGUUGAUAGGGAAGAGGAGCUUGCCUAGGUGGAUUAAAGCCGCGAGCUUGCAGAAUUUGAUUUUUACUUUUGAGGAAAUGGAUAAGAUUAUGAGGAAGGAUAGGGAAGGCCCUGUCAAGUCAGUAUUUCGGGCUUUGUUUGGGGCUAUCUAUCUUUGUUUUGGUAUGCCGGAAGUGUAUCGUGUUCUUUUUGAAGUCUUCGGAAUGGAUCCAGAUGCUGAUGAUUGCCAGCCCAAGUUGCGUAGACAACUUGAAGAUGUGGAUUAUGUAUCUGCUGAGCUUGAAAGCAAGCUAAGCUGGCAGGAUAUCGUUGCAUAUAAGCCACCUGCAGAUGCUCUGUUUGAACAUCCAAGACUAUUCAGAGCUUGUGUUCCCCCAGGAAUGCAUCGAUUUAGGGGCAAUAUAUGGGAUUAUGAUAGCAGACCCCAUGUUAUGAAAACACUUGGAUAUCCAUUAGAAAUGACAGACAGAAUCCCAGAAAUUACUGAAGCCAGGAACAUAGAACUUGGACUUGGAUUGCAGCUUUGUUUCAUGCAUCCAUCAAAAUACAAAUUUGAGCAUCCUCGAUUUUGCUACGAGAGAUUAGAAUACAUUGGCCAAAAGAUACAGGAUUUGGUGAUGGCUGAAAGAUUAUUGAUGAAGCAUUUAGAUGCUCCCGGGUUGUGGGUGCAAGAGAGGCACCGUCGCCUUCUUAUGAACAAGUAUUGUGGAAGAUAUUUGAGGGCUAAACAUCUCCAUCGGGUUAUUAUAUUUGAUGAUAAGGUUCAAGACACUUUUGAGCACAACCGGAGGAAAAGAAACCCAGCCACAACAGCUGUUCAACAAGCUCUUCAUGGUCUUUCAUAUCUUGUUUAUGGGAAACGUGAUGUGAGGCGUCUUAUGUUUGAGGUUUUUGACUUUGAGCAGAUCCAGCCUAAAGAAAUAGUCUAAAUAUGGAGACAUAAGUGACAAAGAUAAAAGCUCUUUCGUUUUCCUUUUCUAUCCCCUUGAAUUUGAGCUUUUUUCUUAUUAUGAUUUGAUCCGCAUAGUUGCAGGCGAAUUGCAGAUUCUUCUUUGGAAGUUGGGCUUGUACAUAAUCGCUGUAUUUUAGUUUUUUUGGGAUACUGCACACUUUUGACAACCCCACGUACAAAGAUGAUACAUAUAUGAUUUAUUCUACUCGGCUCAGACCAUGGACCAAAAGCAUGAGGACAAAAAGCUUUACGUUGGUAUAUGAUUAUGAAUUAGACCGACAUUUUCACUACACAAAUGAGAAAACUAAGUGGCUUUUAGUCCACCAGUUCCUUUUGAAGCGGAGUUUGAGAAUUAGUGAUCAUUUACGUAAUUUACAUUUUUGGCUAACAAUUCUUCGGGUUGUUUUGGUCGAUUGAGAGGUUGCCACUGUUACGAUGAUGCCAUCCAUGUUUGUAUGCACGAGUUGAUUGGCAAAUAGGUUCCUCUAGCUAAGUUUUUAUUCAGUAUUAUUUUAUACUAUUGUAAUGUAACUGCUGAGAUUUCAUGUCAACUAAAGAUAGGACUAAUGUAGUUCUUUUAAAAGCGUAGUUAAUUUUAAUUUUAUAACUCAA